AUUAUGGUCAAUUGCAGUACUCGUGUGGUCUAGAUGCCGCUCUAGGCACCACUCGCUCUCUAUCUUCAGGUCUUGUAAUUUUACAACGGAAGUGCAAGCGAAGCGGAUGUGAGCUCGGAGCCUUUUGGGCAGACCGAGGGGCUCUGGGUUCGGGUGUGCUGGAGCCGCUCGUGUGCGGGCAGGUGGAGCACCGCUGUCAUGUCGGCUAGCGCCGUCUAUGUAUUGGAUCUCAAGGGCAAGGUUCUCAUCUGUAGAAAUUACCGCGGAGAUGUGGAUAUGUCGGAAGUAGAGCAUUUUAUGCCUAUUCUUAUGGAGAAGGAAGAAGAAGGGACUCUCUCACCUAUUCUGGCUCAUGGAGGUGUUCGCUUCAUGUGGAUUAAACACAACAAUUUGUAUUUGGUUGCCACUUCAAAGAAGAAUGCCUGUGUCUCUCUCGUGUUCUCAUUUCUGUACAAGGUAGUUCAGGUCUUUUCUGAAUAUUUCAAGGAACUGGAAGAAGAGAGUAUUCGGGAUAAUUUUGUGAUCAUUUAUGAACUACUAGAUGAGUUAAUGGAUUUUGGAUAUCCCCAAACCACAGACAGUAAAAUUUUACAAGAAUACAUAACACAAGAAGGCCACAAGCUGGAAACUGGAGCCCCACGCCCUCCUGCCACUGUUACAAAUGCUGUGUCUUGGCGUUCUGAAGGGAUUAAGUAUCGGAAAAAUGAAGUCUUCCUGGAUGUCAUAGAAUCUGUUAAUCUUUUGGUUAGUGCCAACGGGAAUGUUCUGCGCAGCGAAAUUGUUGGAUCCAUCAAAAUGAGGGUUUUCUUGUCUGGAAUGCCAGAGCUUCGCCUUGGCUUGAAUGACAAAGUCCUCUUUGAUAAUACUGGCCGCGGCAAGAGCAAAUCUGUGGAACUGGAAGAUGUGAAAUUCCACCAGUGUGUUCGUCUCUCUCGUUUUGAAAAUGAUAGGACUAUUUCAUUUAUCCCACCUGAUGGGGAAUUUGAGCUUAUGUCCUAUCGCCUUAAUACUCACGUAAAGCCUCUGAUCUGGAUUGAGUCGGUUAUAGAAAAGCAUUCCCACAGCCGCAUAGAGUACAUGAUCAAGGCCAAGAGUCAGUUCAAGCGCAGAUCCACAGCCAAUAACGUGGAGAUUCACAUUCCUGUUCCAAAUGAUGCUGAUUCACCAAAGUUCAAAACCACAGUUGGGAGCGUCAAGUGGGUUCCUGAGAACAGCGCCAUUGUGUGGUCCAUCAAGUCUUUUCCUGGAGGGAAGGAGUACUUGAUGCGGGCCCAUUUUGGGCUCCCAAGCGUGGAAGCUGAGGACAAAGAAGGGAAGCCUCCCAUCAGUGUGAAGUUUGAAAUCCCAUAUUUCACCACAUCUGGAAUCCAGGUUCGCUAUUUAAAAAUAAUUGAGAAGAGUGGCUACCAGGCACUGCCUUGGGUCCGUUACAUUACCCAGAAUGGAGAUUAUCAACUUCGAACACAAUAAUGUUGACUCGGUUACUGCGGCCAAGAAAGUAACGAAUUUCCCUGUCCAGAAACAUGUUUGGUGCUUGAAAGUCUGGGGCAAGGUUGUUUUGCUGGCUGGAAGUGGAAUCAGGCCGUGUCCCAUAUCCAGCUGUGCUUGGACCAGUGUUUAGCGCAGACCCCAUGAAUGUUUUUUUCUUGUACGCCCCAUUCAGUGUUGUUUGUGUUAGGAGUAGCUGUUGCCUUGAAACAAGGCCAGGAGCCAGUCUGGGGAAAACUUGGCUGGUCUUAUUUCUUUGCUUCAGAAAUUGAGGCACAUUAGUCCUUUCUUUCUGAAGUUUUGUGUAUAUUAGCUGAGCUCCUCUUGCCAGCCAUAUGCCUGCUGAUGCGUCUUAAUUCUAGCUAAACUCUGGUGACAUCUUGAAAUCAGUUUGUUUGCAUUGCUGGGCUGUUUUUGCAAAUGAAUUAUCUACAAUGGAGGCCCCAGAUGACAGAGUUUACAUAAUGCAACUCAUCUCAUCGGUGGUGCUUAGCUCAAGGAAGAGAAAAUGAAAUUGGUGUCACAAGGUGUUCUUAUGUGAGGGCAGGGUACUCAAAAUGGAUGUCUGACCUAGCCCGGUUCUGAAUCAUGUAGCUGAGAAGAACAUCCUAUUCAUAUAUCUUUUUCAAGCAGCAACUGAGAUGACCAACAUGCAACUUAAGUCUCUUUGUGGGACCUGUAAGGUGAUCCGCUCCUCCAUGAACAAAAAUCACCCUGUAUAUAGAAAACCUACCAUGCCACUGAGAAGGGUUUUAGCUUUUGUUGUCUUCAUUCCCUGGAAGCUUUCUGUGCAUGGGAAGCAUUUUGCCAGCCCUCGCUUGGCUUUUCAAUGGCACAGUCAUCCAGGCGCUGCAGUAUCUGAUGUUCGUGAGAAAGAGGCCGUAAUCAUGGUGGUUCCUGUGAGAACUCCCAAGAUGGUAAAAUAGAUGCACAAUGUUCUGGUGAGUGCCAUGCCUCCCCUAGCCCAGCCCCUUCUGGGAGUGUGGCUGGAAUUCCCAGAACUACCAGCCGUCCUGCCCCUUGCAGUCCAACACAGCCUUUCCCAAUCAGUUCCAACACGUAUCAGGAAAGGCUGCUCUAGCUGAACAAGCGAGUAACACCCCCCCCCCCCGUGGAUUUGGGUCAGAGAUUCUGCUGCCUCCUCAAUGCUUCCUUCGUUCCACCUUUAGAGCAAGCCAUCUUUGAGGUCUGCUCAGUGGCCACUUGGCCUCUUCUGAUAGAACACAAAAUGUUACAUAUCCUGUUAAAUAUGCUGCAAGGAAUGUGGGAAGCUGGAGUUCACAAACUCUGGAAGGCCAGAGAACCCCUAUCCCUGAGAAAUAACACAUGAUGAUUGGUCAGGGAUAGGUAGGCUUACUUGCCAAAGUUAGAUCUAAGACCACUACUGUCAUUUAUCUGUUCCCUCCAGCUGCCAUAAAUGUCAUCAUGCCUUCAACAAGGGCAUUGUAUUUGUCACCUCAAAGUCUGUUUAAAAUAAAUGAAAUGAUCAGAAUUCUA